CUCGGCCUCUGCCCGGCGCCGCGCACAUGGCCCCGGUCCCGGAGCUGCAGUCCCUGACUUGGUUUUAACCUCCUGGAUGAAGAGAAACAGUUUUGUGUCCAGAAGAAGCUAAACAGCAAGACAAUAGAUUGCUCACAGGGUGAGAGAAUAGUAGAGGCUGUCUGGAAAGGGAGGAGCUGAAUGUUGAAAAUGUGGUGUGUACUCUGUCUACUCAUCCUGCCUCCCGUUCCCAUAUUAUGUGGAUUCUGCUUUCAGGAAGGUUCAUAUGCAGGGUAUGAUAAAGAUCAAAACCACUCCUGGAGUAUCUAAUACCCUUUCCAAAAGACCCUAUCCAGAAGAAAACCAAAUCCUGUGUACUUCUCAACAGAGACUAUACUUAGAAGGUUAUGAGGCAUAACCAGCCAAAGUGUGGCUUUUUGUUCCUUUACCCUGACACUAUUUCCAGUGGUUUAUUGGUUAUUUCACUGCCUUGAGGUGCAUGCCUUGGGCCAGUGCUAUAACUUUAUUUGUACUGCAAAUGUUUUUCAGUCCUGAGUGUUUAAAAAAAACAGCGACUUUGGGACUUGGUGUGGUGGUGUCUGCUGAAAUCUGCGGAUCACCUGAAACUAAACCUGAGGGGUUACUCCUGCUGCAUUCACCUCAUGUUCAUUGUUAGUUCUUCUGUUCACUCUGGAAGGUGACAAGACCAUGAGUGACACAAAGGGAAGUCCUGUGAUAGCUGAGCUGCAUCAAUUCCCCUCCAGAAUGCUCAUAGGAAGUACCCUGGAGGAAGCUGAUCAAAGACAGGACUGCAAGCAGGAGCUAGAAUCAGAAAGUGAAGUGGAGACAUCUUUUGGAAAGAGCCAGGGAAUGGUAAUUCCCUGUGAGACAGAAGUCUGGGAGCAUGAGGACAGUGGUAGAGCUCACAUCAGCAAGGUUCUCUUUGCUGGGGACAAGCCAGACCCACCCACAUAUAGGGACAGUGCCAUUUGGGUUCAGCAGACAGGAGAGAAAACCUACGAGUGUCCUGAGUGCAGGAAGAGCUUCAGCCGGAGCUCGUAUCUGAGCCAGCACCAGAGGAUCCACCUGGCAGAGAAGCCCUUCAGCUGCUCCGAGUGUGGGAAGAGUUUCACCCGCAACUCAGACCUCGUCAAACACCAGCGGAUCCACACGGGGGAGAAGCCCUACCAGUGCAGCGAGUGCCAGAAGACCUUCAGCCAGAGGUCCAACGUGAUCAGGCACCAGCGGACCCACACGGGAGAGAGACACUACCGCUGCAGCGAGUGCGGGAAGAGCUUCAGCCAGAACUCUCAUCUCAUUGUCCACCAGAGGAGCCACAAGGGGGAGAAACCCUUCAGCUGCCCUAGGUGUGAGAAAAGCUUCAGCGACCGCUCCUCCCUGAUCAUACACCGGAGAGUUCACACUGGAGAGAAGCCCCACGAGUGCCAGGAGUGUGGGAAGCGUUUCCGGGACAGCUCCGCCAUCAUUCGGCACCAGCGGAUCCACACGGGAGAGAAGCCCUACGCCUGCAGCCGGUGUGGGAAGCGCUUCCGGCAGAGCUCCUCGCUGGUGACCCACAUGCGGACACAUACGGGCGAGAAGCCCUACAAGUGCCCCGUCUGUGGGAAGGGCUUCAGCCAGAGCUCAGCGCUCACCACACACCGCCGGACCCACGGUGCAAAGGCCUUGCCUGCCUACCGUGGUGGCCUCCUGCCCAGCCCCUACCAGUGUGUUGAGCGUGGCCGGAGGUGCAGUGACCGCUCCACACUGGCCAGGCACCAGAGCCUGCAUGCCGAGGAGCAGCUUCACGUCUGUGUGGAGUGUGGGGACAGCUUCCGACGGAGCUCGGCACUCAGCAUGCACCUGAGGGUCCACCAUGGGGAGAGACCCUACCAGUGUGAGCAGUGUGGGAAAACAUUCAGGCACAGCUCAGCCCUUGGUGCCCACCUGAGGAUCCAUGCAGGAGCCAAGCCCUAUGAGUGCGGCGAGUGUGGGAAGUGCUUCUGCAAGAGCUCGACGCUCACAGUGCAUCUGAGAAUCCACACGGCAAAGCAGCACUGCAGAUGUGCUGUGGGGAGGAGAACGCUCAGCUCCCUCUCACUGCUGCCAUAGGGCUGGAGCAGGUGUUUGCAGCAGGAAACAGAAGCAGUGCUUAGGGCUACCUGGAAAAAGUGAGUGGUAAGAAUUAUGGUUGGAAGAGACUGACUGGAAACUAGUGUCACAGCUGGGUGCUUAACCCCAGCAGCACAAAAACUGUGAGGAGAUCUGGAAACAGGGAGCUGAGCCUAAUUGCUAAGCCCUGGGAGUUUAGGAAGUGUACUGAAAGCCAGAGGAACAGGCACCAUUUUCUGGGUGAAUCAAGGACAGUGGGUGUGUGGUAAAAUAACAACUCAGAGAAUGAGGCUUGUAAAAGAACUUCUCAACUAAAGCUAAGGCCAAAAUAAAA